AUGAACAGCUCCCUCAAGCCGCUUGUACUGGAGCUCGGAGCGCGCUACGUCCGAUGCGGCGUCUCUGGCGAGCGCGCGCCUCGAUGCGUGGAGAGAUGGGAGAUGGCAGAGAUGCUGCAGACGCCCUUAAGUGCUGCUACAUGGCGGCAGUUUCUGUAUUUCAAGCUCCAUUCGGUCUUCUAUAAUUUGUUGCUGGUGAAUCCAACGCGACGGCGAGUUGUAGUGUGCGAAGAUCUUCUGCUGCCACGAGUGGUUCGGGAGACGCUGCUCAGUGUGCUCUUUGACAUGCUUCAGGUCUCUGCAGUGACGUUGGUGCCGUCGAUGUUGGCAGUGCUGUAUGCUACGGCCAACCACACGGCAUUGGUGGUCGAUUGUGGCUGGGCAGAGACGCGGAUGUUGCCAGUAUUCAAGGGCAUUCCUCUCCUUCACCUAUAUACGACUGUACCUGCUGGAAGUCGGGACUGUUGCAACACCAUUCGACAAGAAUUGGACGCCACUUGUGGUCGGAUGACGGACAGCUCCGACUUUGUCUCACCGAUCACGCAAACUACAGCAGAGGACAUUCUUGAGCGAGCGUGCUUUGUGCAACAAAUGGGCGAUCUGUCGCUGAAUCCUGUCGAUGCCACGUUCCAGCAUGGUGACAACGACGUGCUACAGGUUUCGAGGAGCUUGCGUGCACGCGUUACGGAGCAGCUUGUUUUAGGCGAAGAAGACAAGGAUAAGAUGUCCAUUGUCGAUGGGAUCCUGCAAGUUGUGAAGGAGAGCCCUCUUGACGUUAGGGCGGCACUAUUGCAGAACUUGCUUUUUGUUGGGGGAACCGCUAUGAUUUCUGGCUUGGUCCAGCGCGUGAUCGCGGAAGUACGCAAGGUACUACAGAAUGACAACGAGCUCGCUUCCGCUACAGAUACUGCCGAUCGAGUCCAGCUCGUUCAGACGUACUUCCCUCGCAACAUGCUUGCGUGGGUAGGAGGAUCUGUGUACGCGGCCACAGACAGUGCGCGCGCAUCGGCAAUUUUGUCGAAUGAAUACAGCAGCUCCAAAGGUACCUGUAUACCUGACUGGCUCAACGUGGCUCAGUAA